AUGUACAGUACGGCUCAUCACUGUCAUUCUUCAGUUGAAGCUUCAUGACACGCCUACCUUCCAUUUUUGACCAGUGGCUCCACUUUAGAGGCCAUUUUUGCUCUCGACAGCUGCAGACAGCCGUGGGCAAGACUCCGGGGAACAUUUAAUUUAAUUUAAUCCCCAAAACCAUUACUCCUCCCCCCGGUUGGAACGGAAGUACACCUGCAUCGUAGUUUCAAGCUAGCUGGUCUACUUUUAAGAUAGCUAGUGUACGCGUACUUUUCGCGUAUUACGACUUUAGCUCGAUACACAUGUCGCUAAAUGUGACGGAGGGAAACAAAAGAUUUCAUCGCAGUCGAUGUUGGUCGUUUUAAAGGAACGAGGCUACGCUUAAGAACUGUUCUUCUUGGACUCGCAACGGCACCUCCACAGCUGGUCUCCGGACCCUGUAACCAUGACGACAGGAAGGUGCUGUCACCACCUGCCCGGCUCCUUGUGCGACUGUGCGAGCAGCGCCGACGCUUUGAAGAGUGCGGAGGAAGGAGAAGGAGGCGGGUGCCCAACACACUGCAUCAGUCAGGUCACGAGCAUAGACGGACUGCUGCUCUCCUCCAUGCGCAAACCCGUGCAAAGCGAUGGUCCCAUGUGUCGCAUUUGCCACGACGGGAGCUACAGCGAGGACCUCCUGUCCCCAUGUGGCUGCGCCGGCACCUUGGGCACGGUCCAUAAGAGCUGUCUGGAGCAGUGGCUGUCAUCUUCCAACACCAGCUACUGUGAGCUCUGCCACACUAAAUUCAGCAUCGAACGCCAGCUCAGGCCUUUUGCAGAGUGGCUGGACGACCCCGGCUCACGCAACGAGAAGCGGAUGUUGUGUUGCGACACAGUGUGCUUCCUGUUCAUCACGCCGCUCGCUGCCAUUUCUGCCUGGUUGUGCCUGCAGGGAGCGCAGGACCAUCUGAAAUUGGGCAGUUUGCUGCAGGCCGUGGGCCUCAUAGCGCUCACCACUGUCCUCUUCACCAUCUACAUCCUCUGGACCCUGGUGUCUUUGCGCUACCACUGCCAACUGUACUCCGAGUGGAGGAAAAAAGACCAGAAAGUGUGUCUGAUCAUUCCUGAUGCUCAGGUGUCCUCUUGCCAGCAUUCCUUACUCUCCACCGAGCCCUUGAAGGUGGCUGCUGAGGAAAGUUUAGUAUGAGAACAACUCAAGUGAACUUUUCCACGGAGUCCCAAGCAUUGUCGUCACGGAUGGGAAAGAAGAUGGCAUGAGUACACUACGGACCUCCAUGCAGUACGUGAUGCAAUGCAAGCACUUUUUUUAUGCAAUGUUGGAAGCUUUUUGUAAGAGCAUGGAAGAAUGUGUUUGCCAUUCUUACUGAAGUACUCCCUGAAAAGCAGCAGUGUGCCUUUGAGGAGAAUAUUUCACGUAGCGAUGGCGACACUGAAGGGCUGCUUCCAUGACUACAUCAGACUUGUCACUGUGCUGCCCACUGCCAUGUUUGCACUAACUGACCCAGAAUCAGAACAAGUUCCUUUUUAAAGAAAGACAAAAAAUGCACACAUUCCAAAAGGGACUAAUUCUGGGUUUUUUGGUAAUACAACAAGUUCCAUUUUGGAGAACUUAAUUUCAUUUGCGCCACAGGGAGACGGUUAAUUAUCUUUUUUCCUUCACUAAAAGCACCGUGGAACCUCUAAAGUCAAAUGCCCUAAAAGUGGUCAUAUCUGUAGUUCAACAUCUUCUGUAAAAAUAUGCCUCAAAAGUCAAACUAGGAGUUCAAACUAUCAUUGAGCACCACAGAAUGGUACCAGUGACAAAGCGGGAAAGUGUGGUAGUAACCAUAGAACAGGAAAAGGAACUUACAGCAACAUAGGAAGGGGUCUGGCUGCUCAGUACAAUCUAAAAAAUGAAUCAGUAUUCGUAGUUUUACUUUUUGUGCUAUUUAUUACACUUCAUUCACUUUACAGUAUUUCCUAUGGGAGCCUUUGUUUUGAAAUUAGAACAACCUGGAAGUCAACCUACAUCAAGUUGUGUUAAACUUUGGUGGUUGGGGUAUAAUAAUUGGUCCCUGACGAUGGCCUGAAAUGUGUUAACAACGCAACACUUGUAAUGUUAGCACUUGUAAUGUUAGUCGUCCAUUUCUAGUAAGAUACGUACCUGGGAGGCAUUGAUUGAUACUACAGCAGGAGCCUCAAAUGUACUUGAAGUAGGGCCAAUUUUGUGGGUUUUUUUAUGACUUACUAUUAUGGGCUGGCUUGCACAGCAAUGGCAGCCUUUAGUUGCAUUAGCAAUGCAGCCCAUCUUAUUAUUCCUCAUAUUUACUAUACCGUCUAUGUUACAGCCGUUUUCGUUAGUGGGUAUUGUGUGACUCGAGUGGCGCUCAUGAGGUUAGAGGGAAAGAUCAGAAGCACUAUUUGGUGAUUGAAUGGUCAUCCUGAUAACAUCUUUCACACCAGCUUCAUGUCUUUUGGGUGAAAAUGCAGACAUCAACAAUGUCACUUUUAUGUCACGUGUGUGUGUGAUUUUGCUUCUGUUGCCCCUUGACGCAAGGACACACGGGAGCAAUGUACGGCACUCUUCUCUUUUGGGGCCAAAAUAAAAAAAAAAAAUGAACUGAAAUUACUUUUGUGUGGCCGUUUUUUUCUUGUCUUGUCUUGUCUUUUUUUUUUUUUUUUACCAAUUUGGAAAACAAGCACAGGCUUGCAUUGCCAAAAUGGUCGAGCCACACUGUUAUAAAAAGAGAGGCCAACUCCUUGCUUUUAUUAUCCACUACUUAGUUGUCACUGUCCAUUUCCUAUCAUUUGUCACAUGGUCAAUACUUUGUCUUUGACGAGUGCUUUUUCUUUUCAUGCUGUGUUACUUUACGGGAGUGCACUCAUAACCACAAAGUGUAAAACAGAACUAUUAUGCAAAAGUUUUUUUAUUUCAGGGGGUCAGUUAAGACUUUACAAUAUUGAUCAUUUGACAAUUUUUAAAAAAAUUUUUAUGAGCUACUGUCCUAAGAAAUGGCAUACUAAACUUCAUGUCCUCAAAAAGAGGCUCACCAUACAUACAGUCAUGGGAAAAAUGAUUAGACCACACUUGUUUCAUCAGUUUCUUGUUCGUUUUAAUGCCUGAUACUUGUUUGGACAAAUAUAACAAUGACAACAAAAUAGCUGGUAAGAGUUACAUUUUUUGGCAUUUUUUUACUAUAGCUAUCGUGUAAGAACUCAAGUGAUUUUGGUUAUCAAGAAAACCAUGCUAUAUUUGUUGUUAAAUGUACCUUUAGUUGUACCAGGCAUUCACAUGGAUCCAUAAAGUGAAGAAACGAGGGCGGUCUACCCAUUUCCUCCAUUUCUGUAGAUGAAUACAUGCAACAAAGAUGGAAAAACCACAAGAAUCACAGAAAUAAUUGGAAACUGACAAGAGUGAUAGCAGAUAUUGCUUUCAAUUUGUGCCUCAAGAGAAAUGUAAAAAACUAAAACUGACAUGGACAAAAAUGUCCUUUAAUGGGGCCCCAUCCUGCUCAUUUCAGGGGCUUUCAAAAUGAUAUUGGAUCCCAGUGGAUCCUACAGUAAGUUGCCCUUAAUAAAAUCCCUAAAGCUGGGUACAGGUUAAAUCUGUAUUCUUCUCCUGGCCAACAUGCUCGGAUUCCGCAGCCACCACCCCAACUCCGACCAUGCC